CUUGAACCUUGGAUGAACGAUGUCGCAAACUCCCGGAGUCCAUGUGGCACUCCUCCAGAAUUAUCGUUCUACUGACUUCGGGAGUCAUCCCUGUUUUCGUAUUCUUUUCCAAGAGACACAGGACCCUAAAUUUAGAUGCUUUCCCGACUGUUGGCUGCUCCUUCGGCCCGUCUCGUUGUUUCAGCAGCUUUUACUUGGGCGCAUUCAGAUUUCUUAUAGACGCACCAGGUGUCCUCAAGGAGGGCUACGAAAAGUAUGGCAAUAAACUAUUUAAAGUUGCAACUAUGCUGCACUGGACGGUAAUUUUCAAUGAUCCCCAGCAUAUGGUGGAAAUUGCGAAUGCUGCGGAAGAAGACCUUUCAUUUCGUGAGGCGAUGAAAGAUAUUAUGGGCGUUGUCGAUUCAUUGGGUAUUAACGUUGGCAGUCCGGAUCAUGAUCUCCCUGCUGAACUACUCAAAAGCCAUAUCGCUAGAAAUGCAGCCAAAAUCUGUAGCGAAGUUCAAGAUGAGUUCCUCACGUCUCUCGAGAACAUUUUAGGAAAUGGUAGCGAUGGUGAGAAUGCAAGUCGAUAGUUGACUGACGAAGCAAUGAUAAUAUCAAGCAGAUUAGACCUGUGUCCCCGCUUUGGGCACCGUGAACCGAAUAAUGGUGCAGACAUGGCAAUGGUUCUUUGCACACAUGGUACCUGCCUACGACAUUAGAACCGGCGAUGAAUGGACAUCGCGUCCGCCAAACUUCAUAUUUGGGGAGGCAAUUGUACCGAAUCUAUCUGCGCAUGUCUCGUAUAGAAGACGGCACACUACGAAUGAUGCGCACUAAUUAUUGGGUGUGGUUCAUGUCAUUGGUCUUUGAAACCCCAAGGGUUUGCAUGUCAUGAAAAUUAGGUUGAUGCCUCGCAAGUCCUUAGGGAUGAGAGGAUACGUACGUGGUACCUUCCGCAUUAGUUUCCCCUAGUCAAACCGUAUAGAAUAAGGGUAUUCGUUCUUCC